AUGUUGGCUCGUGUCGACGAAUUUGACACUCUGACGCCUCUUAUUGUCACUCCAACCUCUUCACAACCCUCUAAUCCUAUUCCACCACUGACACGGCCUACACUGCCACGGAUCACUUCGUCGGACAGUCCUCCACCUCCACGUCGAUCGCACCAUGGAAAGACACUUAUUGUGCCUUUGAACGCUAGUCGAUAUCGUGUACCAGUUGCACCAUUGUUGGGCACCCCGGACAGUCGUAUAACGUCGUUUGAAGCUGGAACGACCAAAAGCUGUGCGACAAUCCCGGAAGAUGAUGAGAACGAGUCACCGACUUGUGAGAGGAUCGAUGAUCUCAUCUCCAUAGACAGGACAACCGCUUCUGCAUCUGAUCAAAAGCAAUCGUCAAGUCGGGGCUACUUCUUGCAUUCGUCGUACAACAUAAUCCUGCCUGUAUCUCCACCGGAAUUUCAGAUCCCAGUGCCUCAAUACUCACCUCCUUCACUGCCACGGAAUCAACUACGACCUCGGCAGCUGUCACGAGAGACACGACCCGCCGCUGAACCUGCACUGGCCACUCCUGAAGCUCAGAGUCCUUGUACUUGCACCAACAGCAUUGGGAGUCCAAACUCUACCGACUCUCCUAUCGAUACCACCGGAUCGAUUAGUGAUAGUUUCUACAUCAACAGCGAUGUAAUAUCGUCAGCAAAUGGAAUCGAAGAGGAAUCUGAAGCGUUCGACGAUCUUCAUCGAGGAUUAGCCCGAGCCGUGUAUAGUCAUGAUAAUCUAGACGAAGCAAGUGACUUUGUGAUACUCGAAGUAUUACUGAACAGUUCGACGCUGAGUCGACGUGCUGAAGUGGAGUGCCAAGGGAUUAGCAGACUAAAUAUUGCCUUAUUUUUAUGUGUUAUGGACGUUGUUUGGAUGGAAUAA